ACCACACAAGUCCAAAAGAAAAGUAAUGUGCAAGAGUAGAGAAAUGCCAUAUUACUGAUUCGUAUACUUGAUCUAGCUAGUCAUGGAAGUGAAUGUGUGUUGCUAGCAAGCUUGCUAAUGUUGUUAGUCAGUGGAACACAAACUGGCCUGGGACAUCACAACACAAUAGACAACCAGACUGCCUUUUAGAAGUGCAGGUAGUAUGUUGCAAGCCAUCAAGCACUAAACUCAUAGAGCAUCAUUUCGUGCGGUGGCAAUAAUGGGAGAUACGCUGGAGUUCAACGACAUCUACCAGGAGAUGAAGGGAUCCUGGAAUGAUGGCCGUCUGCGCUUCAGUAAGCAGAACGUGGUGUACAAGAGCAGCAAGACAGGCAAGGUGGACAACAUCCCUGCUCUGGAGCUCAGCCAGGCCCAGUGGAGGCGUGUGUGUCUGGGUCACGGCAUCAAGCUGGUCACCAGCACCGGACACAUCUACAAAUACGAUGGCUUCAGGGACACGGACUUUGAGAAGAUCUCUGAGUUCUUCAAGACCAACUACAAGGUGGAGUUGUCAGAGAAGGACAUGUGCGUCAAGGGCUGGAACUGGGGCACUGCCAAGUUCACAGGACCAUUGUUGUCGUUCGACGUGAGCGACAGCUCGGUGUUUGAUCCCCUGUCCAGCGUGUCCCAGUGUGCCACCAGCAAGAACGAGGUGACCCUGGAGUUCCACCAGAACGACGACGCCGAGGUCUCGCUCAUGGAGGUCCGCUUCUACGUGCCGCCCGGCACCGGCGACGAGGGCCAGGACCCCGUGGAGGCGUUUGCAGACAACGUGCGCUCCAAGGCGGACGUCAUCCAGGCCACGGGCGACGCCGUGUGCGUCUUCAAAGAGCUGCAGUGCCUCACGCCCCGAGGAAGGUAUGAUAUCCGUAUCUAUCCCACGUUCCUCCACCUCCACGGUAAGACGUUUGACUACAAGAUCCCCUACACCACCGUGCUCCGCCUCUUCCUGCUGCCUCACAAAGACCAGAGGCAGAUGUUCUUCGUGAUCAGUCUGGAUCCCCCCAUCAAGCAGGGCCAGACCCGAUACCAUUUCCUCAUCCUCCUCUUCUCCAAGGAGGAAGACAUCAGCCUCACCCUCAACAUGAGCGAGGAGGAUGUGGAGAGGAAGUAUGAGGGAAAGCUCAGUAAGAACAUGUCUGGCUCCCUCUAUGAGAUGGUCAGCAGGGUCAUGAAGGCCCUGGUCAACAGGAAGAUCACCGUGCCCGGAAACUUCCAGGGCCACUCGGGGGCCCAGUGCAUCACCUGCUCCUACAAAGCGUCGUCGGGCCUGCUCUACCCCCUGGAGAGGGGCUUCAUCUAUGUGCACAAGCCCCCCGUGCACCUGCGCUUCGAGGAGAUUUCCUGCGUGAACUUCGCCCGCGGCACCACCACCACGCGCUCCUUCGACUUUGAGAUCGAGACCAAGCAGGGCAACCAGUACACCUUCAGCAGCAUCGAGAGGGAAGAGUACGGCAAGCUCUUUGACUUUGUCAACGCCAAGAAGCUCAACAUCAAGAACCGAGGCUUCAAAGAGGGCAUCAAGGGUAAGAACAAUGAGUACAGCGACUCGGACGAGGACCAGCACGACGCCUACCUGGAGAGGAUGAAGGCCGAGGGGAAGAUCAGGGAGGAGGGCGACGACAGCGACGAAUCGGACGGCGAGACCGGUGAGUGGCGGGCCAAUCGGACGGCCGCAGCGCUUUCCAAAGGGGGCUGGACUGCCAGUGGGACACGUCUGACAGGACGGCGUGGA